AUGAUUUGCUGUUUAGUCCCAGCUACCCCUCCGCCGGCAUACCAGCAUGUAGUGCAAACGGGGAACGACAAGGAACCAAGUGGAAUUGUGAAGUGGCUCGGAGAGACGUAUGGACCAUUCAUACUUACGAAUCCCGUACGAGCCAUAGCUGGACUUCUGUUUCUUGUUUACAUCUCUGGCGCUUACUAUGGUUGCGUAAAUUUUCGAGAAGGCUUGAAUCCCGGCAACCUCGUGACGAAGGACCACUACAUCUCGCAGUACUUCGAAGACAUAAAGUCGUUCUGGAAGUCGGGACCCCAGCUUCACGUCGCCAUCCUCAACCCUCCCGAUCUCAUCAGCUCAAAAACGAGAAGACAACUGUUGUCCACUGCUGCAGCAUUUGAGAACACCGAGUAUUCCCUUGGUAGGGAGGGUACCGUAUUUUUUCUGCUCGAAUAUCUUAACUACCUUGAUCAACUGAAUGUAGAGCUAGAGGAUACGGCAAAACUUUGGCAUUAUAAAUUAAGGUCCUGGCUGAAAUAUACUGGAGGUUCAUCGCAGUGGGCCAGUGAUAUCAAAUUUAACGAAACCACUAAUGCUAUAGAGGCGUUUCGAUUCUAUAUUGCCAUGAAGAACAUCGUGGAGCCAAAUCAACAUAAGUUGGCAGCAAAACUAAUGCGGGAAAUUGCUGAUUCACAGCCAUUCCAUGUAGAAGUUUUCUACGAGGCUUUCCCAUUCGCUGAUCAGUACCUUAUUAUUUUACCCGCUAUGGUUUUCAAUGUGGUCAUAUCGUUACUCUGCAUGACAGUGGUUUCACUUCUUAUGGUUCCAAGCUUGCCUUCGGGUAAGUUCUUGUAAUA